GGCCGAGCCGCUUCUCCAGCGCCGGGGGCGGCGGCGGCGGCGGUGCCGAUGGUGGCGGUGCGGAGGAGGCGCUGGGGGGUGGCCGUGCUGCUGGCGGCUUACGUGGGCUACCUGGGCAUGGGCGCCGCCGUGCUGCAGGCGCUGGAGCGGCCGGUGGAGGUGCAGGUGGCCCGGCAGCUGCUGCGGGAGUACCUGGGGCUGCUGGCCAACCACAGCUGCCUGCGGGAGCCCGCGCUGCAGCGGCUCAUGGAGGGUAUCAUCCAAGCCUACAAGAGUGGCAUAACCCUCCAGGGAAACACCACUAGCCUGGGCAGAUGGGACUACAGUGGGUCUUUCUUCUUCUCCAUCUCUGCAAUAACAACCAUUGGCUAUGGGAACCUGAGCCCCAGCACUGCAGUUGGUCGAAUCUUCUGCAUCGUGUUUGCACUUUUUGGGAUCCCCUUGAACCUUAUACUCCUGAAUGAAAUUGGGCAGCUGAUGCUGCUUGGGGUUCAGCAUUGUGCCCGCCGCCUAGAGCAGGUGUUGCACUGGCAGAAUAAAGCUUCCUUCCUGAUGAAGACCUGUGCACUGGUAACUGGCUUGUUAUUGUUCCUCCUGCUACCUCCCCUGUUGUUCUCUGACAAAGAAGGCUGGUCUUAUGAAGAAGGCUUCUACUAUUCCUUCAUUACCCUCAGCACUAUAGGGUUUGGAGACUAUGUGAUUGGGAUGAACCCAGAUCGCACCUAUCCAAGCUGGUACAAGAAUGUAAUCUCUCUGUGGAUCCUCUUUGGGAUGGCCUGGCUAGCACUGGUUAUCAGAUUUUGCAUCAACAUUCUUGAGACCUCCAGUGACUUCUGUCAAUGCAGCAAGAAGAGCACGGUGAUGGCAGAAGACUUAAUGGAUGGUAACAAAAACAAUAUGACUGGACUUCAAAAUGUGGAGAUCUGCACUGACAAAGACAAAAACGAAAGCACCAGUUGAAUGUCAUUCUUACACAGCUCCUACAGAAGCCCUCCAGGGAAGAAAAACAUCCUCAGUGUCCUGUAGGUUUUAGUGCCACCAGAGAUUAACCAUUUAGAAAUGUGUAAGUGGAGCUGCCCUGACCUGUGAAUGGGGUGACAGUUUGCUUAUUGAGUUUGAAAUGCUUUUAUUCUGAAUUGAGCAAUGACAGAAUGUUUCAUUUGCAGUACCACCAAGUAUUACCAUAAGGACUCUUAGCCAGAAGUAGAUUUAUGGAAAUAUUACCUGCCCUCUCACCUCAAUCUAUGAGGUGAUCUUUGACAUCCCUGAGCACCACUAGCUGUUGUCCAUUUCUUUGCAUGAUUAUUGCAGCCUCUAGUUAUACAUAUGGCACUUUGCAAAUGCCACAGCCAUAAAAGCAAGUGCUAUUUAAUGCAGGGGACAAAUAGCAUAUUGUCUAAAGAAAUGGAAAGCACUGUUUAAAGCUAUCUGGCUGUCAUGGUGAAUGUGCACCAUCACCUAUACACUUGUGCUUGUGAAAGGUAGUAACAAGGUUUUGCUCUCUGAUCUUUCAUAUGGGAAUGGCAAUGAGGAAGAGAUUGUAGAGGUGCCUGGUAGAAACAGAUCAUUCCAUUUUUUAAGAAGUAAUUUCUACAUCAGAGGUCUACUAACAGAAAUACUGUUAUAGUCAGCUAUUAGUAGGCUAUUCCUUACUUCAGAAUGUAUGUGGGUUCAUCCUGUAAAGUAUUUUGCAGACCAAAUGUCAUCAGCUAAAUGUGAGACUUCAUUCAGACAGAUUUGUAUUUUACCACAACUUGGCAGUCAGAAAAGGAAGACUAGAGGCAAUUUUAAGAAUCAGUGAAGCCAACAUUUUCCUAUCUUCAAUAUUAACAAGGGCUACUUCAAUCUAGAAAGACUGAAUUUUCUUCAGCUGUGAUCAAGAGAUGCUAUUGUGAUGAACUUCUCAUGUCACGAAUGAUUAAUGUACCUGAUCUAUCUAACAUCUUAUAUAUAUAUAAUCACAACUGUCUUUGAUCUGCGGAAUGCCAGACAUGCUUCUCUGGCCUUUGUGUCAGUCAUGAAACAGAACUUGGUUGGGUCUUUUUGGUUCCACUAAAUUCUCAAAAACUUUUUGAUCUAUCAUGCCAUUUAUAAAGGUGCAACAGAGUCUAACUCCUGGUGCUGUUUGUGUUCCAUUACCUGUUCUUCUCAUUUUGUUGUUCCUGUUGUGCUAUUUGCAUCCUAAGCAUUAACUUUGAAAACUUCACCCUGGCAGCAAACCAGAAUGAAGCAUUUGGUUUAGCCUUCAGCUUUUGCCAUGAACCAAGACUCCGUGGGGUUGUUAGAGAAAAGACUGAAAGCAGAGUCUGUUGGAGUAUGGGACGGAGGAAUUAGAAAUAUCCAUAGCUGUAUUCACAGAAGUGGAGUGAGUGAAAAGUGUGUGGGCUUCAGAAACAGAAGUUCUGAAACACAGACAGUGAAAGAAAUGUUUCCAGAAGAGGCCAGUCUGAGUGUUGAUAUCUGGUGGAACUAAUUACAGGAAAAAAUGCAGCAAAGGGAUCAGCUGAAUGAAAUUGUCUGUUGACCUUUUUCUGAUUGCACAGCAAUAAAUGUUCUCUCAAAUACCAUUUGAAGGGGCAGCAGAGAUCAGGAAGGAAAGCAGGGGACCUCUUAGAUAGUACUGAUGCAAAAUAAAUGCAUUUCAAAUUUUCAAACAUUGGGUAAUUUCUUUAACAGCCUUUAGCAUAAACUUUUCUGUUCCAUGUUUCAUCUUGCUUAUUUUCACUGAUGGAUACACAAUGUAGGUUUUACUGGCCUAUGUGAAGAACAAAGUGUAUUUCUUUAAACAAGAGUAAAUUACAAUUCCACUUCACAAAAUGUGAUACCCUUUAAUGCACAUCCUUUGCAUCCUUUUUCCCAUGCAAAACUAAGUAAGUAAAGGUAUUUUAUAAAAUCUGGAUGCCCAGGAGAUAGUAGGAGUUUCUGCUGUCAAAACACAAGAAUGGCUAUGUUAAUCUGUUUCAACUUUUCUUGAAAUGUCACAGACUCUGUGGACUUCUACCAACUCUGCUCUUUGAUGAGAAGGCUUAUAGAAGAGUUGAGAAGAGUUUCUUCUUUUAAGUUUCAAUAUCUAUUGUAUUAAUCUCAUUUUAUUAAUGUUCCCAUGUAUUUUUAGACUGUGGAUGGGGUCUUCAAAAGUGCCUUAGAAGUUUAGGCAGCCUGGUCCCACUGAAGAGCAGUUACAUGUCUUUGGGCAGCUAAUGUACAUUUCUGAGAGGGAAGGGGAGAGGAACUCAAGGAAUAGUCUUGAGGGGGGAAAAAAAAGGAAAAAAACCUUUAGCAGAUCUUGGUACUUCCACUGUAUAUCAGGGUUCAGCCACAGACUUAGGCAUGUGGCUGGGUCUCAAGAUGCCUCAUUAUCUGCCCCAGCUGUCCUUUCUGAGUCACUUCCUUCUGCAGCCCUGCUGCCCAGCUGCUCACCAUCAGCAGAGCUCUGCCACCCACAGUCUGAUAUCCCAUAUUUUAUGGGAGACACAUCAGAGCUGCUGGCAAGCCACACGGACCUCCAGAGCUACAAGUGCUUGCUUGGAUCGCCAAAAAUUUUAGGAAUAAAUGAGUCAGCAUCUCUGACUGGGUUCUCUGACACUAUGUUAGCAUGUUGUCUCUUAUGAAUAUCCUUUUUUUGACAAUUCAUCUCAUCUAGCUUUUGAUGUGGACAGUAGAUAUUAGUAUAUCUGAGUCCCCACAAAGCGCUGUGCCUCUGGUGUUUCCAUUGUUCAUAAAGCUGUGUUGUGGUUAAAUGAUAUGAAUGAAUUGGUUCCCAGAGGGCUGAGAAGAAAGUGCAGUUUUGCAACAUCACAAAAACAUCAUCGUCAAUGUGUCUACUAUACUGAAAUAUGAAAGGUUAUCUUCUCGAGGGUAAGAUAAAGAAA